GUCCCCGCCCCGCUCGGCGGCCCCCGCAGUCGGAGCAGCCCGGGCGGAGCGCAGGUCCUCGCCAGCCUCGCCAUGUCUGCGGCCGUGAGGCAGAGGUUCGACCGGUUCCUGCAGGAGAAGAACUGCGUGACCGACCUGCUGGCCAGGCUCGAGGCCCGGAGCGGCGUGAACCGCAGAUACAUCGCGCUCGGUGCCGUCGGGCUGCUGGCCUUGUACCUGGUGUUCGGUUACGGAGCCUCUCUCCUCUGCAACUUGAUAGGGUUCGGCUACCCAGCCUACGUCUCAAUUAAAGCCAUAGAGAGUCCCAACAAAGAAGAUGAUACCCAGUGGCUGACCUACUGGGUCGUGUAUGGGGUGUUCAGCAUUGCUGAAUUUUUCUCCGACCUCUUCCUCUCAUGGGUCCCCUUCUACUACAUGCUGAAGUGCGGCUUCCUGCUGUGGUGCAUGGCCCCGAGCCCCUCUAACGGGGCCGAGCUGCUCUACAGGCGCGUCAUCCAGCCUGUCUUCCUGAAGCAUGAGUCCCAGGUGGACACCAUGGUGAAUGACUUCAAGGACAAAGCCAAAGAGACUGUGGAUACCAUCACGAAAGAAGCCAAGAAAGCAGCAGUGACCUUGCUUGGUGACGAAAAGAAGAGCACCUAAGCCACCGACCGGUGAGACCUUCCUCGCUGCCCUCCGCGUAGCGCCCGUGUUGCAUUAGGGACCGCGCUAUAAUCAUCUUAAUGUUGCCUUGGAAACAUUUUUGAUAUAUUAAAAAAGAAUGUGUUAAGGUUUCUUGCUUACUUUUACUGUCUAUAUACACAAGGAGCAUUUACAUUUAAUGCAGUGGGCAGUGUCCAAAUUUUGGAAAAUAAACUUUGCCUCUGGGUAGGACAAGACGUGUUACUAUCCUGCAGGAAACACAGACUGGAAAUUAUUUGUCCCACAGGCUUUGUACUUGUGCAGGCUCUCUCUGCAUGCGUUUCCUCUGUACUUCUAUUUUAGGGUGAUCUUUAAGGUUCUAUUUCAUGUAAUGUACAAAUUUGUAUUAAAUGUUUUUAAUGUAUUUGUGCAUACAUAUAUGUAGGGAAAUGUUACUGCCUGACGGUGACACGUAUGCUUGUAGGGAGCACCCGCCAAAACCUAAAGGCUCUAGUGUGCUGGUGUGAUGUUAAAUACUUCAGAGAACUAGUGCAGAUGACUGAUGUUUCCGGUGAAUAGUUGAAUGAUGAGCGAGCUUGAGUGGACACUGGCCUGGUUGUUCCCCUAACGUCGUAGCACCUGGACACCAGGAUAGCUGCGUAAGGCAGUCACUUCAGUGACAAGUGGGGAAAGGUGCAGACACACCAGGAAGCACUCAGCUCCCUGAAGAACCAGGAACACUGUCUGGUGGCCUUCCAGAAAACCUGUUUAGAUUUGUCUGUUUCCAAGAUGCCGUAAUGGAAACCAUCCCUGGUUUCUCCUUCAAAGCUGAGCAACAAGUUGGUUUAGUCUUGUUUCGUACCUAGUCUUUUUUUUUUUUCUUAAACCAGUUAAAGGCACCUCUAGACUUGCCCAUCUCUAGUGACAUGUGUGUCCUUGUUUGUAUCAUUAGUUACAUGCUGAUGAUGACACCAGGCUUCAAGAGCAAUUCUGGGAGAAUGAAACCACGAUACAACCUAUAAUCUACUUGGCAGUGAAGUCAAACUAUCACUUUCUUUCUCUGGCCUUUAAAGUCAAUUGCAAGAAGCCUCCCCAGUUUACAAGUCAGGAUCUUUUGUGGUCCAUUUAAAUGCUUUUAUCUUUGUACUUGGAAGUACUCUGUACUUCGUUUUGAUAGACUGCAGAUAACUAGUAUAAGUACAGAACAAAAAGUUAAAAUUAAGCUUUCCACCAUGAUUAGCCAGCUUACAGGAACCUUGACAACUCGUCUGGACUAGAAGAAUGGAACUUCACACCAACCAGACUGCUAGGAUCCUUCUGAAUUAGACUACACUGACUAAAACAAAACCGAGUGUAACAAAACUAACAAGUUUUAAUACCCAGCCUGGAAAAUGCCUUUUAAGGAAAAAGAGAGGAUUAGUUCUCCUUUGGGUAACAGGCAAGACCAUAAUGAGGUCUUAUCAUGUAAAAAAUAUGAAAGAUAUCAAAAGUUUGGGACAAUGUCACAUAAAUAUUAUUAUAUGGAUUAAGGCACUUUAUUUCCUGGUGACACGGUGGUGAUCAUAAGGCAUCUUAUUAAAGAAAAAAAAAAACUUUUAGAAAACAAGCAGUUAAUGGUUAUCAGGAGAAAAUCAGGCCUUAGAUUAAAAAAAAGUACCUCUACGAGUAUUUAAAUCCCUUUCCCAAUGAUAAAUUACACUUUUCUUGGUGGCAGAAGAAUGAAAAUUAGCAACUUCUAUCGUACAGAAUGUAUAAUCCGAUUGUUAGUAUACAGAAUGUACGACUCACUGUAUACAAAAUAUCAGGCAAGAGGGGGAAACAUAAAUGCUACUAUUGCUCAUAACUACUUACAGGCUGAUACCAGUUUAGAAACUAUUACGGUAAGAAAACAUAUUCUGAAUGCAUUUUUUUUCUUUUGUCCUUUUAGCUUUUUCCUAUGAUGCAUUCUGUAAGAAAUUUAAGUUGCUGUUUUUGGCAGUCAAGGUGUACAUAUUGACGACAGAAGUUAAUGACUGAGUUGAGAAAUUCUUCUCAGAUUUCCCACGUAACAUAUUGCCAGGGCGAGUAUUUGAAAAACUAAUUGAGCCUGUGUCUAGCUAGAAGACAAGCACUUAUUUGUGUAUGAAUGGUGUUUGAGGGGUACGUCAAGUCAAAGAAUCUCCACGAUCUCCACGGUUCUUCCCCCACUUGAAAGCUUUCAGACCAACAGCUUCUGCUACUCUGGGAUCUUCUAACCAUAGCCUGAGGAGAAUGAGCAAAGCCUUUAAACAGGUUACUACUACCACCCAUCCUGAAGAUGUGAUAUAUUAAAUGGAAAAGGAUGUAAAUAAAACUGUUAUCUCAUUGAA